AUGGCUAUCACUUCUACUGCUCUGAAUCUGGCGUCCAUAGCAGGAGGGGCACGGGCAUGCUUAUUUUCUCAUCUCGCCGGCACGCUAGCAAAAACCAACAUCAGUACCACUUCAUUUGCGUCGUCAAAAUGGAUAUGUUCCUCUAAAAUGGUUCUUAAUCCUCUGCAACGCGGUUGCGCGAAGAACAAAACUGUGCCUGCAAGGAAGCUUCAAGUUCGUGCCGCAAGAACCGAGUCAGAAGGUGUCUCCUUAGGGUUUAGAGCUCCCAAUUUCGAGUUGCCAGAACCUCUAACAGGGAAAACUUGGAAACUUGAAGAUUUUGAACCAUAUCCUGCGUUGCUGGUUAUGUUUAUCUGCAAUCACUGCCCAUUUGUUAAACACUUGAAGAAGGAUAUAGCGAAGCUUACAAAUUUCUAUAUGAAGAAAGGACUUGCAGUUGCUGCUAUCUCUUCAAACUCUGUAGCUACUCACCCACAGGAUGGGCCAGAAUUGAUGGCAGAGGAAGCAAAAAUACUCAGUUACCCCUUCCCUUAUUUAUAUGAUGAGUCGCAAGAAGUAGCACAAGACUUUGGAGCAGUUUGUACACCAGAGUUCUUCCUGUUUAAAAAGGAUGGUCGGAGACCAUUUGAGCUGGUGUAUCAUGGCCAAUUUGAUGACUCCCGACCCAGUAAUAAUGUGCCUAUCACUGGAAGGGACCUAAGUCUGGCAAUUGACUGUGUUCUUAGUGGUCAACCAGUAUCACCUGUUCAGAAACCCAGUGUUGGAUGCAGCAUCAAGUGGCAUCCUGGGGCGAAGAUCAUGAAUUCUCUUGUUACCACUGCUGUUUCUUUUUUAUGCCUCCAGUGUUCUAAUUCAUCUUUGGAGUCUUUCCAAGUGCAGAAGGCAAGGUUUAGUUAA